GUUUUAUCUGGCGCCUGGCUCGAGGUCGGUGAAUAGUGUAGGUUGCUCUCUCGCUGAAGGGUAUCCCCCCUCAGGGACUGGCGUUUCAGCAGAUGUGUGGCGAAGGCUUCAGCUAUAAAUCACGGAGGCCAGUGCCCGCGUAUUAGCAGUCGUACGCAGAGUGGCCUGGCAAUCGUCACUCAAUGAAAAGGAUGAGGUCGACGCUGCUGCUGCUGCUGCUGGCGGGGGCGUGGACCGCCCGGGCGCUCGGCUGCCGCGACGUGGACUGCUCGGCCGCGAGGUGCGACCCGCGGGUCAGCGAGCACAGCUGCGCGGGCGAGUUCAGGAGGAACGGCGCCGACUGCUGGUGCUGCGACGCCUGCGUGCCCUACGCAGGUCUGAAACCGCCCUUACUCGGGGACCACCCUUUUAAUUCACGCGUUCGCUACAACUCUGCGUCGUCAAAUUAUACAUCGGGUCAAACAAGACCUUUUAAAUUCGCUCUGGAGCGUAUUUCCAAACGCUGCGUUUCGUAAGCGGUUCCGGUUACGUUCGUUGUUCAUUGGCGUAGCUGUGUUCAUAAAGUUGGGGGGGGGGGGGGGACAAAUAAUGAUUUUGAUGUUAUGUAAACCCAUUCCCCUCUUACUAAGACAUUGGUCCGGGGGUCCUCCACCGGAAAAUGUUGAUUUUAAAAGUGCAAAAUAGCACUUUUUAAGCAGUUUUUGUAUCUAACCUUUGGAUACAUCGAUGUUAAAAUUAUUAUUGUUUCCUUAAGACAAAAUUUGAUGAGUGAAGAAAUUACAAAUAAAGUUGGGCAGAAUAAUAUUAUAAAAUAAAAAUAUCACGGUCUAGAAAGUUGGGGGGACAGUCGCCUCCACCCAAAAAGUUCAGGGGUACACGUCCCCCCUGUCCCCCCCCCCACCCCGGUUCCUACGCCCCUGUCGUUGUUAUAAUUAGAGACCGGAAAAAUUCGCGGAUUCAUUUCACGAUAUGAUAGAAUCUAAACCUCCUUUGAGCCAAUGAAGAACAUUAAACCAAAAAAGUAUCGUAUCGCAAGCGUCCCAGUUGACAGGUGUCACGAAUCAGUAGCCAAUGAGCUGGUGGCAUUUGCCUGAGUAUGUAGGGGAUUGUGGAGUCUAUCCUAGAGGUCACUGAAAGCGCGAAUUUUUCCAGUCUCCUGUUAUAAUGCACAAUGUUUGAGCAGGGCUGUCUAGGUUUGCUGAUUUGGAGGGGGGAUGGGUGGCAAGAGAGGAGUGGACAAAAUCCCAGUGGCUCGGGCACCAGGAAGUAACAGUUGAGUUUCGAGGAUUUGUUUAAUGGUGAGUUUACAUUACAGUAGGACAUCGGAAACAUUUCAUAGAAAGCGAUACGUGCCGAUCACGUUUACAGUCAUAAAAUUGUUUCAUGUGUAACAUCUUUACUCUCGGUAUUGACCAUUUGGUAGGAGUGAUUUCGAGAAAUGGAACAGAAGUCGCAUGGAACGGAAAUAUGUGUUGCCAUCUACGGCGGAUGGUCCGAACUAAAGUCCACAAAGCCAAAUGUAAACUUUAUAAUAUUAACGGUUUAAUGAAUUUCAACAAGAUGGUCAGGUCUAAAGCCGGUUUUUUUUUUCUUUCAAAUGUUUUAUCCCCUUUUAUCGGAGCCGUUUCAUUGUAUAGUUUAACAAUUCGGUUUGCUAUUCAAAUGAUUUAAUUGUCGACGUAGCUGCUCUGGCAAACUGUUUUUAGCGGCGGGUACGAUCCGCCGGGCUCACGCAGUUUUGCCAACCCUGUAACUCACUCCAAGGUCACUGUCACUUCAGUUGCUUUUUGUAUGAGUCAAAAUGAGUGAAUUCAGCCUGUGUAUUUGUAAUAUGUACGACCUCUCAAGGAUGUAAAAACAGGGGAAACGUAAGAAACCACUAUGGUUGGCAUAACUGUAUUUUAUAAAGUACCAUCAUAUUUGUCAAGAGCGGUCACGCAUGCAAACGCGUGAAUAAAAGUGAUUUUAUACAGUGUUUAUGAACAACGCAAAAAAAAAGUAUUACAAAUAAAAAAAGUCAUAAGAUGCAACAAGUGAAAUAAAAUAAUUUUAGAACACCCGUUUUAAAUUACGCAAGACGCAAAUACACAACGCAAUCAUUGCUAAACUUUCAGUUUCUUGUGUUUCGGUCUGCGUUUCCGCCUUUAAUUUUUCAACUAAAUGUUCCGAAAACUUGUAAAGGCGCAUAAGUUUUUUCUAUAGAAGGCUACGAGAUUUAUUUUCUUUUUUUAACUCAAUUCAUCGCGUUUUUACUUACGAAACUGGCAGUGAAAGCAAACAACGAAUUUAAAAUCCAAUUAUUGAGAACUCAUGUUUUUUAAAACUUUUUAUUAACUCGCUUUCUUGUCUGUCUGUUUAUCUUUCGGUACAAAUUUUGCAAUCGAUUUUAAUUUAACUUCCCAAUGAUCUAGAAACUUGAAACUUUAAGCAUAGCUCAGAACUAAAUGACAAGUCAAUAUUAAUUCGCUUUCUUUUCAGUAUGUUUGUUUGUUUGUUACAAUUUUUUUUUUUUUUGCAAAGCCCCCGGAUUCUUGGCUAUAGGCCACGAGCGUAACAGUACAGUGCUGUGGAAUGCAAAAGCCAGCAUUCACAAGCGGUGUCUAUAUCACGCAUGCAGGGAUAGAAGAUAUGUCCGCCACACGGUCAUAUAGUAAGGUCUGGCAACUGCCUAUCCUACUCCUUGGCGGGAACCGUCCACUUAGCAAAGCUCACGGUGACUAGCGAACUAACGGCGCUGAUAACAGUUUAGUUUAGAACUUCAUCAAUACAUGACGUUGAAUUGAAUUUGACACGCACUAUCAUUUGGUGCGUCCAUUACGGCUUGUCUCAUUAUUCCCUAUUGCAAGUGCCUCUGAUUUUUAGUUUCAAACCUUACAAGUAUUUUUAUAUGUAUUUAAAAUUCGCAAUUACAAAUUAUCAUUGCAAUCUGUAUGGGGGCAGGAAUAAAAUAAGAUAGUUAAAAUGUACUAAAAAUUAAAUUAAAUUUAUUGAAAAAUUUUACAUACACAAGACUAUAAAGCAGAAAAUAAUAAUUAAUUAAAAAUUAAUAUUAAAAAACAUAUAAGUUUUAAAAUGGAAAAUGUGGGGCGCAUGUAAUCUAUAAUAGUAAGUGUAUGGAGUAGCUAUUGACGAGAAAACUCACACAACAGUUCAUAUCACUUUCAGUGAAAUAAAAACAUUAGUGAACUAUUCAUGCUUCAACUGUCUAAUUCGUUUUAAAAUUUACAAUUUAAUUCGUAGGUGUUAAAAUUCAACCAUCACAAAUUUUUUAGGACCAACUGUAUGGUGUUAUAAAU